GUGUCCACCGCCAUCGUUAACAAGAAAAAAUGACAAAGUCAACAAGUUGCUUGUGGGUGACAUGUCCUAUUAUAAUCGGUGCUGGGCCCUCCGGUUUAGCCACUGCUGCUUGUCUCAAACGGAAAGGUAUCCCUAGCUUAAUCCUCGAAAGGGCUGAUUGCAUAGCUUCCUUGUGGAACCUGAAAACCUAUGAUCGUCUUUGCCUUCAUCUUCCAAAGAAAUUUUGUGAUCUCCCCUUCCUACCAUUCCCCCUCGAUUACCCUUCUUAUCCGACCAAAUUCCAAUUUCUGGAAUAUUUAGAGUCUUAUAAGAACCAUUUUGAUUUAGACCCCGUUUUUAAUAAAACUGUAGUGAGUGCGGAGUUUGAUAAUCGAUAUGGGGUUUGGCGAGUCGUCGCCUCGGGGCUGAAACAAGAACAGAUUGAGUAUGUGUCGCAGUGGCUCAUUGUGGCCACUGGGGAGAAUGCUGAUGAAGUGAUUCCUUUCAUCGAAGGAGUGGAUGAUUUUGAUGGGCCUAUACUUCACACAAGCUCCUACAGAAACGGGAGAUCGUAUGGAGAGAAGGAUGUUUUGGUGGUUGGCUGUGGGAAUUCCGGCAUGGAAGUUGCUUUGGAUCUUGCCAACUUCAAUGCUCGCACAUCACUCGUCGUUCGAGAUUCGGUGCACGUCUUGCCUCGUGAAAUGCUCGGAAUAUCAACAUUUGGAUUGCUCAUGUGGAUGCUCAAGUGGUUCCCCAUUCGUCUCAUCGAUCGGUUAGUGCUCCUCGUGUCGAGUUUCGUGCUCGGAGAUACCGAAAAAUUGGGUUUCCAUCCUCCAAAAGUUGGUCCCCUAGAACUCAAGAGCAUAUCCGGCAAGACACCUGUUUUGGAUGUUGGGACAAUAGCAAAGAUCAAGAGUGGAAACAUUAAGGUUUAUCCGGGAAUAAAACGAAUAACGUACCAUGGGGCGGAGUUUGUGGACGGAAGGAAAGAGAGGUUUGAUGCCAUCUUUCUGGCGACUGGCUACAAAAGUAAUGUAGCGCAGUGGUUGAAGGGAACAGAUUUGUUUUCAGAGAAAGAUGGGAUGCCAAGGGAGCCAUUUCCCAAGGGAUGGAAAGGAGAAGAUGGGUUAUAUGCUGUAGGGUUUACAAGACGAGGCUUGCUCGGUGCUUCCUACGUUGCUCAAAGGGCAGCUGAAGAUAUUGAGCUUGAGUGGAGGGCUGAGCCCCUCGAGUUCAUGGACUUCACCGCACCAACUCUAUCAUCAUCAUGA